CCUGGUUUCAGUGAGAAAAUCUCCGGAUAUGAAAGGAUCUAUCACAGUUUCACCGCCUUUCUCACGCCUCCCGUAGAAGAAACCGAAACUCUAGUGAAGAAGAAUACCCCGAGAGAUCCAGCCUCUCUACAUUGUCACCUAGCUAGGACCCCACCAGGCAGUUGAUACCCUAGUAUACUCGAGAUGUCUGAGGUUAUUGCGGGUCUUUUCUAGAUCCACUCUGUUCGGUACCUUCCGGGUCUUUCUGCUCGGUCUUCUCGAAUCUACCUUGCCCGACCCCUUGAGGUGCAUUUUGUCAAGCUGUCUUGGGCGAAGCCUGCAUAUGGUCCUCUAAUAUUUCGCGCAACUUUUCCCCGCGAGUCUGCGAGUCCAUUUUGCGGUCUAGGAUAAUCGUAUCCCAUAUUUUCUCCAGUGUGCACCGAAGAGCUGGAUUUUUGACAUUGUAGAAAGCGGCGUAUAGGCGUUGUAUAGUCGCAUUGUGGCAAUCUAUGGGUGCUUGGAGAUCUUCGGUUGCUUUGACAUGGUGAAAUUGAGUGAUUAAGUGAAAAUAAUGAACACCAAUGUUGGUUGUGUCAGGUGAGUAAAGCGUGAAUAAUUGGAAUGCGGGCCUCUUGCCACGAAUCAAAUGGCUUCAAAAGUUCUUGCCAUUUCCAGAGAAAUAUUCCAGACGGUAAUGGGCAGUCUUGGUGUAUUGAAUGUUCCUUCAUAGAAACCUCUUAUAUCUUUCGUGUUUUUGCGACGAAGAUUGACAUGAUUGUUUGCGUUUUCUUGCCCUCAUUCAUGACUUGCUAGUACUCAUCACACAGCGAUUUCCUUGUGGUAGUUCACGUCAUUCUAACUGAUCCCAGCAAACUUUGAUAGCUGGUUGUAUUCUCUUAUCUUAAGCAUGGCAUUAAAGAAUUUAUGGUGUUGCUUCACUCUGUGAUACUGUAGCAGUCUAAGAGCAGAGGCCCAUGCUACCCGUUGCUAUCGUACAUGUCUAAAAUGAUCCAAAGAGUACAGAAAAGAUAGUGAGGCCGUCUUCGAGCCCAAAAAAAGACACUCCUCAUAACAGGUACAUGACAAUGUUCAGAGCAUUGUCGCAAAGACCCACCAACCAC